AUGGCUCCGUUUCCUUUACCAUACGAGCUUAUUUCGUUCGUAGUCCAGCAUCUGGAUCUCGCCGACAUCCGCAACCUGAGCUUCUCAUGCAAGAGGUUUCAGUAUCUGCUUUAUGAAGCGAACAUUACAAAACUACUGCUCGAGACCAAGGCACCUUACAGCACCGAGGCCCGUGAGGCCCGUGUCACCAAGAAUUAUCCAUCAGCGCUGAGGCGUCUCCUAAAACGCCGCCAUGCCAUUGCAUCCGUGGCCCCAUAUCUCGUCGCGGUUGUUGGCCUUGCCCACGAGUGGAUAUACGAGAAUGGCGUGCUCUGCUAUCUCACGGGCCUCGAGCUGCGCAUUCUGCAUCUUCACCGCUCCGAGAAGUUCGAACUUGUGGUCGACAUGUCGAGAUUCCUUCAUGACGUCUUCAACGACUCAUGCACACGCCACAAGUUCGACCUCCAGCUGCUGUACUAUUCACACGAUAUAGUCUCAUGCCUCUACACCUCUCCAAGCGGCCAGCCUGGCUGCACUGCCACGCAUUGGCUUCUGGUCUUCAAUCCUCUGGAAGGUCGCUUCAUCAGUGUCCGCGCAUUGGAGUCAAUCUCUGACCUUUUUGUUCGCAACAAUCACCGUUUUCUCUAUUACGGUAUCACUGCAGAUGACGACGAUGACCGCGGGCACGAGCAUUGGGAAAUUCACGGAUUCGACAUUGCAGCGGAAGAAUGGCUGAACCACCCUCUCCACAUCCUCGAGUGUAUCGGGAACGACAUCGGCUACACCGUCUGUUUCGAGAUUCUUGACGAUCAUUUCUAUGGCAUCUCAAACCAGACGAGCCUAACUGAAGAGGAGAUAGAAUGGGAGUCGCGUUAUAACUGUUUCAGGUUCCCUCUUGCACGCGACGGGUUCCGUCGCAGAGAGGAUCCACCCUCUCAUGGCGAUCAACUUUGGCGCAGAGAGCACAACGAGGGCCCUAUCGACGACAGGUGGACGUCUCUUUUUCUUCUCAGGGACGAGGCAACCGGCCAUCUUCAGGCCGUCGAAUCCCGGAGAGAGUGGCUCUAUGGCCGCAUUUCCGGGCGCCGGACAUACUACACGACGCCCAUCCGCUUCGAUCCAGACAAGCGCUCAAAGAAACAUCAUCCAAUGGACAACACCACCCCACGCUACAUUUUGGCUAAGGUCCAGCAGUCGGCUGCUGCAAAAAGCAGGGCGCGAAAUCCACAUGCGGUCCAUCCAGGAGAUGACCAUUCAGUUGUGGAUGCCGUACUCUCCAAGUGCCCCAUUCGCGCUUACUACCCGUCAUCCCAGACUUCCAUAGACGUUGUUGAUGUUUCCACCUCUUUCGAUCCUGCUGAUCGGCGAUUCCGCCUUCGUGGAAACACACGCCGUCUGUGGACGCCCGACGAGAUUGCGCAGCGAAAAUGCUCUCCGGCAGCAGAAGGGGCGCAGGAUCCAGAUGGACUUUUGCGGCGGAUUGACAACCUCUACAAGAGCGAGUAUGGCCUCUUGUGGCCCCCAGAGCAAGAUCCAUCUGCUCCCAAUGCCGCGCUUUCCGACCUUCACGCAAUCCUCAACCCGCCAGGACACCUUUGCGGAGGGGCCCAGGGGAGCUGGGACGAGCGCUCCAUGGUGUACUCAACUGGGGCGACGGCCGAAGGCCUCAAGGCGCUGGUAUUCAUUUCAUGGGACCCAUCCAUCUACCUGGCGGGAACAGCGCCGUACCCUGGCGACAUGUCCUUUGGAAGAGCCGGGGAUUGGACUGACGGGCGCUCAACAGCAGGCUUCGCACCCCCUCCUGCAGCUAAGGCUGCAGGUGGAGGCAAAGGGAAGGGCAUCGACACUGCUGAAAACUACCCACCCUUGCAGUAUGAUGCCACCUCGCGUUUCACACCAGAAAACCCCGUGGUUGGGGGCGAUGCCGCCCGUCCGGCAUCCUGGAGAAGUAUUGAGCCAGCUCAGUACCUCACAAUCUCCCGCGCUUACCACUUCGCCCGUUGA